UAUCAAUGAACAAGCUUCAUGGUCAUAUGCCUAUAAGCUUGUCAAAUUGUUCACAACUUCAAAUAUUGUCUCUAUCCGUAAAUGAUUUUGAUGGACCAAUACACAGUGAAAUUGGAAGAUUGAGUAACUUGCAGAUAUUGUAUCUCGGAUCUAACCAUUUCACAGGUAUAAUUCCACAAGAAAUCGGAAAUCUUGUUAAUUUGGUGGAAUUAGCCGUGGAGGUAAACCAGAUUACCAGCUCUAUCCCAAUCUCUAUAUUCAAUAUCUCCUCAUUGCAAGUUGUUUCACUAAGGGGGAACAAUCUCAAGGGAUCCUUACCACGGGAGAUUGGCAACUUAACCAAGAUGCAAGUCUUAUUUCUUAGAGAAAAUAGGUUUACUGAGAUAAGAAAUCUCGUUGAGUUGGAGGAACUUGCUCUUGGGUUUAAUAGUUUUAGUGGUUCACUUCCAAUGGAGAUCUUCAACAUAUCAGGGAUGAGAGCAAUGGCUCUUUCAUUCAAUAAUUUAUCAGGAACCAUCCCACCAAACAUAGGUUCUGUAUUACCCAACAUUGAAGAGCUUUAUAUGAGUAACUUGACCAAUCUUGUUGGGACUGUUCCUCAUUCUAUUUCCAAUUGUUCAAAACUUACUAUCCUAGAGCUUUCAGGUAACAAACUCACAGGCUUGAUUCCCAAUUCUCUUGGAUAUUUGACUCAUCUACAGAACCUAAACUUGUGGGAAAAUAAUUUAACUAGUGAUUCAUUUUUAAGCUUCCUCACCUCCUUAACCAAUUGCAGAAAUUUAAGACUUCUUGAUCUAUCAUUGAACCCUCUAAAUGGCAUGCUUCCGGUCUCCGUAGGGAACUUCUCCAAAUCUCUUGUAAAGCUUUGUGCCACUGAUAGCAAGAUUAACGGCCAGAUUCCAAAUGAAGUUGGAAACUUAAGCAGCUUAUUAGACCUUGAUCUUUCUCAUAAUAACUUAAUUGGAUCAAUUCCAACAUCAACUCACAACUUGAGAAACCUUCAGCGUAUGUAUUUUCAGUACAACAAACUUGCAGGAUUUAUUGGAGAUCAUAUAUGUAAACUGAAUCAUUUGGGUGCUAUUGACUUGGGUCAAAAUCAACUUUCAGGAUCUCUUCCUAAUUGUUUAGGGAACGUUACUUCCCUUAGAUUGAUAUAUCUUGCUUCCAAUAAAUUGAAUUCCAAUAUACCAACAAGCUUAGGGAAUCUUAAAGAUUUAGGGCUUCUUGACUUAUCGUCAAACAACAUGGUUGGUUCUUUACCUCCAGAAAUUGGAAAUCUAAAGGCUGCGACACUAAUUGAUCUGUCAAUGAAUCAAUUCUCAAAUGGUAUUCCUAUAGAAAUUGGAGGAUUGCUAAAUCUAGAGAACUUUUCUUUGAGACACAACAAGUUGCAAGGAUCUAUACCUGACUCAAUGAGCAACAUGGUAGGUUUGGAAUUUCUAGACAUUUCUCAUAAUAAUAUAUCGGGAACUAUUCCCAUGUCUUUGGAGAAACUUCAAUACCUCAAGUAUUUUAAUGUUUCUGACAAUAAGUUGCAUGGUGAAAUACCAUCGGGAGGUCCUUUCAAGAACCUCUCGAGUCAAUUUUUCAUCAACAACGAAGCAUUGUGUGGCUUGUCAAGGUUUAAUGUCCCCACAUGCCCCACUUCAUCAACGCAUAGAUCCAAUAGGACAAAAUUGCUAGUUCUAUUUCUUUUGCUAGGAAUAACACUUGUAUUUGUUCCUAUCGCUUUCCUAUUCCUAUGGAGAAGGUAUAGAAGAGGUAAAAGAGCUCCUCAACAAGCUGGUUCAUUGUCUAUUGCAACAACAGAAAGAAUUUCAUACUAUGAACUGCUCCAAGCAACUGAUUCUCUUAGCGAGAGUAAUCUGAUUGGUUCUGGAAGUUUUGGCUCUGUCUACAAAGGCAUUCUCAGAAGUGGAACUCAUAUUGCAGUUAAAGUGUUCAAUUUGCAACGGGAAGCGGCAUUCAAGAGUUUUGAUACAGAAUGUGAAGUUUUGCGCUGCCUUCGCCAUAGGAAUCUCGUGAAAGUCAUCACUAGUUGUUCCAACCUUGAUUUUAAGGCUUUAGUGCUCGAGUUUAUGCCUAAUGGAAGUCUUGACAAGUAUUUGUAUUCACACAACUACUUCCUAGACAUUAGGCAGAGACUAAGCAUUAUGAUAGAUAUAGCAUGCGCGUUGGAAUAUCUUCAUCAUGGAUCCUCCUCUCCGGUGAUCCAUUGUGACCUGAAGCCUAGUAACGUCUUGCUGGAUGAGGAUAUGGUUGCCCACCUAAGCGACUUUGGUAUUUCAAAACUGCUUGGUGAAGAUGAGAGGGAUUUAUACACUAAAACCUUAGCAACAUUGGGUUAUAUUGCACUAGAGUAUGGACUGGAUGGAUUGGUGUCUAUAAAAUGUGAUGUCUAUAGUUACGGGAUCAUGUUGCUAGAGACGUUUACUAGGAGAAAGCCUAAUGAGUUUGAGGGAGAUCUUAGCUUGAAGCAAUGGGUGAGUUAUUCAUUCCCAGAGGCAGUAAUGGAUAUUGUAGAUGCCAACUUGAUAACAUCAAUGGAUAAUCGCUUACAGAAGGAGCUAGAUGUUGUGGCAUCAAUCAUGAAAGUGGCAUUAAAUUGUUGUGCUGAAUCUCCGGCAAGAAGGACAAACAUGAAAGAUGUUGUAGGGAUGCUACAGAAGAUCAAGAUUCUACUUCUUGCAUGUUGAGCAACAUUCUCGGAAUCACUUAUUUGUUGCAAAUGUUUACUAAAUUGUUGGAUUCAUGUAAGGAUUGUUUUUUUUUUUUUUUAGCACUUGAUUUGUGAAUGAUUCUGUUUGGGAAUACUGUUUGGUUUCGAUAAAUCUCACAAUUUCCU